AUGAACUGUGCGUUAACAUUCAACUUUGACAGCCACGACCGACAUCAAGGCGAUGACGACGGCUCGGGAUAUCUCUUCUUUGCGACCAACAGCAAUGCCUACUUUACCCUUACCAAGAUGACCGUCGACUACCGCAACUUGGGCCUUGCUCGUCUACACCUUUUCGGGUGUCAGAACGACGACCUUGUCUUGACUGCAACCUUGCUCGCCAGUCCCUGGAGCUCGCCCGCGAUCAUUGCCACAUUUCUAAUCCUUAUAGGCAGGUACCUCCGCGACCGAUGGCACUCAGACUACCUCGGCGAGUUGACGUACACGUGGAUGCCGUAUGUGUUCAGCGACUCUUCGUGGUACGUUGACCGCACGGACGUCUGGAAGAUCGACCCCCGCAACAUGCUUGUCAAGGCAAACAACAGAGCAGCCCAAAACGUCCUGUUUGCUCCCUGAGGAAACCCGGACGGCGCGGGUCUGCAGAGCGCGCCUGUCCAGUUUUCGCUGAACGCCGGCAACUCGAACACCAUCACGUUUUCCAACCAUCGUCUUAUGCGCCAGAUGUCUCACAUCUGACCAUUGACCAGACCAACUAGAUGCGAGGGAGAGAAUCCGAGUUGCACCAGGCUGAGAAAAGUUCUGGAUAGGCCUUCAUCGCUUUAUGCCGUCAAGCUCGAAGUCAGAAGCGCAAAGCUAUUUUCUGCUUCUAAAGGUCACUGCAGCAUCACGAAUUCAUCGCCAUAACUGAUCAAUGAAUCAAAUGAACACACAAGCAACGUUGUUAUGGAUCUACGCAUGAUUAGACGGUGGUUUGGAAAUCGAAGUGAAGCGAAGAAGCAGUGUGAUGCAGUGUUCCUUCACAUCAAAAAGAAAAUCAAUGUUUUCGUUAUUCC